UCGUUUCUUUACAAACAUCACAGUCGAGUCUAACUAAAAGUCAAGCACACUUUUCAUAAACAAUUCCCUAAAAUCCCACUUUAAUGGUCGAAAAUUCCUCCACGGGUGUUAAAAAACGUCAACGGAACUUACGAAGAAAGAUCCGAGUUUCUGACGCUUGAAGUGAAGUGUGGUUUAGCAAUUAAUGGAGCUUUUGAGACCAUCACACCCUCCUGUCACCAUGGCCACCGACGGCUGUUCUGGGUUUUCUCCAGCGGCGAGUUCCCAAGAUGGGUUUCACCUGAACAGUCCGGUGGCGGCGGAUGUUUUCCGUGGUGAUAAGGUUUAUGUGGCUGUUGGGAAGUCGGUGGAAAAGGCAGUGUCUUUGUUUCACUGGACUUUUCGGAGGUUUAGAGGUCGAGAGAUUUGCGUACUUCAUGUUCAUCAACCUUCUCCCUUGAUUCCAACACUUCUCGGUAAACUACCUGCAACUCAAGCAAACCCUGAUGUCGUGUCUGCAUAUAGACGAGAAGAGAAGAACCAGACAGACAAGCUUCUUCUUGAUUACAUGAGCCUUUGCUCUCGAUCAAAGGUUAAUGCAAGCUUCGUGACCACUGAAAAUGAGCAAGUUCGUAAGGGAAUUAUGGAUUUAGUCAACGAAUAUGGCGUACAGAAGCUUGUUAUGGGAGCUGUGCCAGAGACUUGGAUGAAGGUGACGAAGAACUCAAGCAAAUCAAGUUACGCUGCCAAAAACGCUCCUCCAUUUUGUCAAAUUUGGUUUGUUAAUAAAGGUAAACUUAUUUACACGAAAGAACCUUCUGAAUCCUACGAUGUUAUGCCACCAUCGAUUCAUCAAGAUUCCAACACUUUGAGAUCUCAAUCAUUGCAUUACCCCGGAGUGGAAAGGGGGUUACAGCAAGUUUACCAUUGUCCGAGAUCGAGAUCGAUUAGUCCACAUCGUUCACUGGUGAAGACUUCUUCAGAUUCUGGGUGUUCGUCGUCUACAGAACAUGAAGAAGAAGCUUUGUUAUACAAACAACUUGAAGAAGUCAACAUGGAGGCAGAAGCAUCCAGGAAUGAAGCGUUUCAAGAGUUCUUAAAACGAAAAAGAUUAGAAGCACAAGCUUCCGAAGCAAUUAGCAAGGUGAAGGCUUAUGAAUCUGCUUAUGCGCAAGAACUUGAACUAAGAAAAGCUGCGGAGGAGACGCUAAAUUGUGCAAAACGAGAGCAUGAACAACUCUUGGAACGAAGAGAAAUGGCAGCAAACGAACUGCGUAAGGCGAUGAGAAACAUAGCGAUCUUAGAGAAUCAAGUACAAGAAGCAAACCGUAGACGUGAAGAAUCCGCUCAAGAGUUGAAACUCAUUCAAGCAUCAAUUACAACUCUAAAGAUCGAAAAACAAACAGUUCAAAGACAAAGAUUUGAAGCAGCAAAGUGGCUCGAUAGGUGGAAAAUUCGUGAACCUGCGGGAAGUAUAUCUUGUACAGAUGAAUCUACGGCGGCGAGACCACCGGAGUUUUCAUAUCUGGAUUUGGAAACUGCAACUUGCGGUUUUUCUGAGAGCUUCAAGAUUGGAUAUGAAAUGUAUGGUUCUUCCGUUUUUAAAGGUGAAAUGUCGAAUAGAACAGUCGUUAUAAAGAAACUGCAUCCGAAUAACCUGGAAGCACAAUCGGAGUUUCAGCAAGAGGUUCGAGUUGUUGGGAAACUGGAUCAUAAGCAUAUAUUGAAAUUAAUCGGCACAUGUCACGAAGCAUAUGCCCUAGUCUACGAAUACAUGCCUGGAAGCCUCGAGAGUUGUCUUUCCAACAAAAGCAGCUCAUUUUCCUGGAAAACACGAACUCGAAUCAUUUCCGAAAUCGCAAAUACUCUUAUGUUCUUGCACACUUCUCGACCCGAAGAGAUCAUACACGGGAAUUUAACACCCAAAAACAUCCUUCUUGAUUCUGAACUAUCCUGUAAGCUCUGCAAUUUUAGAUUUUCCCCAUUGGUUAACGAGGAAACAUUCCGAUGCCGUAGCUUUCGCCUAUAUGAAGAAGGGAGCGGACCCUUUUCGUUUACUGAUCCGGUGGUUCUUCAAACUGGAAAUUUAACAGCGAAAUCUGAUGUCUAUUCUUUUGGGAUGAUUAUCCUGUGGCUACUCACAGGUAAUCAGUCACCUGGAUUAAGUAACGAAGUAAGAAAGGUGGUUUCCAGUUCAAAAUUGACCUCGAUUUUGGAUGCAUCGGCCGGAGAAUGGCCUAGCUUUGUGGUUAAACGGUUAGCCGAUUUGGGUCUCCGGUGCUGUGAAUCAAACACUAGAGAUCGGCCGGUGGUCUCACCGGUUCUGGUUAAAGAACUUGAACAGUUGUCUGUUAUUGAAGACCGACGAAUCCCUCCUUUUUUCUUGUGUCCGAUUUUAAAGGAAAUCAUGUAUGAUCCUCAGCUGGCGGCGGAUGGUUUUACAUAUGAAGGAGAAGCGUUGUAUGGGUGGUUUAAAAACGGGCGGGAAACUUCUCCGAUGACAAAUUUGAAACUUAGUCAUUUGGAUCUAACUCCGAACCAUUCACUUCGAGUUGCGAUUCAGGAUUGGCUUUGCAAUCCUUGAGCGUAUUUGAGUUAUCGUGGUCGUACAUAUAGUUGUACCUUGCGCAUUGUUGGUUGUACUAUUGCAUAACAUAGUCAUAGAACAUGAUAGUUAAAAGAUGUAAAAUCGGCUCAUUGGCCAUUGCUUGAGUUGUUGUAGUGAGGAAUGAGCUCAAUCACAUAUGUACAAGUUUAAUGAAUAUAGAUUUAUUGGGUUUUUGCAAA